AUCUUGAACUAUAUCUUAAUUACCCAGAAAAAGAAGAUACAAAUGAAGUGUUGAAUAAUCAGGAAAUCUUAACCUUAGUUACUAAUAUAGAAUCUAAGAAGGUUCUAACUAAAGCUGACAAUAGUGAAGAGAACAAAGAUGACAAUAAAGAAAUCCUUUUAAUUACCCACCACGAAGUAUUAAAUACCGUUAAG